AUGCCUGGUGGUGCUGAUCAGGAUUGGGCCGACGGCCCGACUCUCGCCGAGCACCCUCGCCAAACCGACGGCCCGCCUGCCCGCCGUCGAUCCCCCAGUCCCGGCAACCCCAAUGGAUCGGCUCCUCGCAGAGAACGCAGCCGAAGCCCGAUGAAAAUCGACUCGGACAAGCCAAUGGGCCGUGGUCGUCAAUCCAAUGGAGACCACAAUCCUGGUAACAACCUCCACGUCUCCGGGAUCAGCACCCGAGCCGAAGACGCAGACUUGUACGAACUGUUUUCGAAAUAUGGCCGAGUACAAAAGGCUCAGUUGAUGAGAGAUCCCAACACCAAGGAAGUCAGGGGAUUCGGCUUUGUGACGAUGGAGACCGCUGAAGAGGCCGAUGCCGCGAUGGCUGCACUCAACGGCACUGACCUAUUUGGGAAGCCAUUGGGCGUCGAAAAAGCGCGUCGAGGCCGAGCCCGCACGCCCACCCCCGGACAAUAUUUUGGUCCAGCCAAGAGAGACGAGCGUCGUUAUGACCCUCGAGGUGGAGGUGGAGGCUACGGGGGCGGCUAUCGAGCCGACGACCGUUACGGGGGUGGAUACCCUGAGCGGCGUGAGCGCAGGUACGAUGACCGGGGCCCGCCGCCGGCCCGGGAUGAUCGCUACGGCUAUGCCGCCCCCAUGCGAGGCGGCGAACGCGACCGGUACGACGAGCGUCGCGACUAUGAUCGUCCUCGUCGCGACGAAAGAGACUACGAUCGUCGCUACUGA